AUGGAAAAACCGGAAGCACAGAGACAUGGGCGAGUGGUGGUGUUAGUCUCGGCUCCAUUACAAGGGCACAUGACUCCGGUGCUUCAAUUGGGCACCAUACUUCAUUCCAGGGGCUUCUCCAUCAUCGUCGCCCACACACAACACAACUCUCCUAAUCCCUCAAACCAUCCUGAAUUCAUCUUCCUACCCAUCUCGAACAACUUAAGUGAUAAUAAAACCUCCUUCAAGAACCCAUUAGAUUUCCUAUUAGCCAUUAACAACAACUGCAAAGCUCCACUCGAAGAGAGCUUGGCUCAAAUGAUGAAGGUGGUAGAAGAUGAAUUUGCAACGAACCUGUUUGAUUCUACAGCGCAGCAACUGGUGACAGGACUUCAUCCUCUCAGGUUCAAGGAUCUACCCUUAUCUGGUUUUGGGACCUUUGAAGAUUCAGUAAAACUAAUUGAACUUCUCAGCAAGUUAACAACUUCUUCAGCUGUCAUAUGCAACACAGUGGACUACAUCGAGCAUUCAGCAGUGUCUAAGCUCCAGCAACAUUAUCAAGUUCCCUUCUUUUUGAUAGGCCCUUUGCAUAAAUUGGCUUCAGCCUCGUCCACUAGCUUCGUAAUAGAGGACACCCAUUGUGUUGAAUGGCUUGAUAAGCAAGCUCCUCAAUCAGUUAUCUAUGUAAGCUUCGGAAGCACAAUAACAAUAAACAAGAAAGAUCUAACCGAAAUGGCAUGGGGUCUGGCCAACAGCGACCAACCUUUCUUGUGGGUGAUUCGACCGGGCUCAGUUCAUGGCUCAGAAUUUGCUGAGCUUUUGCCAGAAAGUUUUGAAGAAAAAGUUGGAGAAAGAGGUUGUAUAGUCAAAUGGGCACCCCAGAAGGAGGUGUUGGCCCAUGGUGCUGUGGGAGGUUUUUGGAGCCACUGUGGUUGGAAUUCAACCUUGGAAAGUAUUUCUGAGGGGGUUCCAAUGGUGUGUAGGCCCUAUUUUUUUGACCAAAAGGUGAAUACAAGGUACUUGAGUUCAGAAUGGAAGGUGGACCGGGAAUUGGAGGAUGUUUUGGAGAGGGGGGAGAUAGAGAGAGCUAUAAGAAGACUUAUGGUAGAUAAACAAGGCGAGGAAAUGAGGCAAAAAGCGAACAAUAUGAAGAGCAAGAUUGAAGCUUGCGUGCUAAAAGGGGGUUCUUCAUAUGGUUCUUUGAUUGACUUAGAGAAGUUCAUCCUAUCAUUCCCAACUUGA